GUCCUGGUUUAUUAGAGCAGGACAAACAGGAGUCCGGACCAGAGCAGAGUCAGAUCGAGGCAGCGAUGGGCGUCCAGCUGUCCCCGUUGGUGUGCCGUGGCGCGGGAGACGUCUGAGGUGGGUCCCGGGCGAUGGACGCUCUGCGGUGACGUUUUCACCAGAGACGCAGAAGAAAAAGACGUUUGGACUUUUUUCUUUUUCUUUUUCCUCCAUCUCAUCCUGCAGAGACACGAACACCGCGUCCCGCAGCCUCGGACAGGGAAACUGUGGAAAAACUCCUCCAGUGGCCUCUGAAAAGUUUCUGUAACUUCUGGGAGAGGCUUUCGGGGGAAGAGUCCGGGACGUUGCGCGGAGAUGUCGGAGCCGGAGAAGAGCGAAAACCCUCCCGACGAGUCCGCAGGAAAAGGGAAGGAAAUUCCCAACGGAGGGAAUCCUGCGAAAACCAAGGAGGAUUUUGACCUGGCUGCUAUCUACGUGUCGGACGCUCAGUACAACAGAAACAUCUACUUUGACACGUCGCCGCGGGCUGUGAGACUGUAUCUGCUCUACAACCACUGGUUCCUUAAGGUGCUGCUCUACUUCUUCAUCCUGGUCGAUCUGUGUCUGGCCAUCUUCGAGGAGCCGGCCGUCGUCCCUCUGCCUACAUGGGCCACCAUGCUGGUGGAGCUGCUCUGUCUGCUGGUCUUCACCUUUCGACUGGUUCACUACGCCAAGGUGAUCCCGCGAGACAAGUUCUGGAAGGACCCCAAAAACAUCUGCAUCAUUGUCAUCCUCAUGCUCACUCUGGUUGACAUGAUCAUCUACGGAGCACUGAAAGCCUCAAACUGUUACGCCCUCCGGUGGUCCAGAGUCCUGCGCCCGCUCCUGCUGGUCAACGUCACAGAGGGACGGCAGCUCCGCCGAGCGUUCAGAAGCAUCCGGAACGCUCUGCCUCAGAUCUUCUACGUCCUCCUGCUCUUCAUGUUCAGCGUCCUCAUCUUCUCCCUCAUGGCUCUUAAGCUGCUGGGCAAACGAGGUCUGAGGACCACAGAGGGAGCUCCGUACUUCACCAACUACCUGGACAUCGUCUUCGAUCUCUACGUCCUCGUCACCACGGCCAACAGCCCCGACGUCAUGAUGCCGGCGUACAACGCCAGCUUCGUCUUCGCCAUCUUCUUCAUCGUGUACAUCCUCAUCAACACCUACAUCUUCAUGUCCGUCUUCUUGGCCGUCGUCUACAACAACUACAAAAAAUACCUGAAGGAGGAGGUACGGCAGCUGGUGAGGGCCAAAAGGCACAAGAUGGUGCAAGCGUUCGCCGUUCUGCAGGAGCAGACGGAGGAGGGGGGCGAGCCGGUGGUGACCCAGGCCAAGUGGAACCAAGUGGUCCGACUGGUCCAGCCCGACAUCAGCAACGCCCACAGAGAGCUGCUCUGGAGCGUCUCCGACGACAAGAACCAGGGGUCCAUCGGUAAGGUGGCGUUUGUCCAGCUGGCCGACCUCCUGAACAUCGAGGUGAUCACGCUCAAAUCGAGACCGCACCCACUUCGCAGUUUGUGCCCCGCCCUCUACCUGUCGGCCCCCAGCCGCCUGGUCCGCCGGAUGGUCCAACACCGGGCCUUUGCCAUCGUGUACGACCUGAUCAUCCUGGUGAACGCCGUCUUCAUUGGUCUGGACGAGGAGAAUCCGAUGAUCGCUAACUCGGAGUGGGUUUUUCUGGCUCUCUACCUGCUGGAGAUCCUGCUGAAGCUCUACGUGUUCGAGCCCAGGGCGUUCUUCUCCAGACACAACUUCUGGAACUGGUGAGGACGAGCUGACGCUUGCGCAGCGUCUUCGCCCCAUGUCACGUUUGCUGUUGGUGUUAUAAUGCAGUCCACGGGGGGUUACACCAGCCGGCAGAUCCUGGACAUCGUCUUCAUCCUGCGAGUCCUCAGACUGAUCCGGGUGGUGGACAGCAUCAAAAGGUUUCGUACGAUCAUCAACACCCUGAUCCGGAUCGGACCGGCGAUCCUCACAUUUGGACAGCUCAUCAUUGUGGUGUACUACAUCUUUGCCAUGGUGGGGAUGGAGCUGUUUAAAGAGAAGGUGAAGUUUUAUGAGGAGGACUCCACCGAUCCGGCGAAGGCGUACUGUGGAAACACCCUGCUGAAAGGAACGGCCUUCGCACAACUCAACUACUGCAAGAACAACUUCAACAAUGUGGUUUCCUCCUUCAUCCUGCUGGUGGAGCUCACCGUGGUCAACCAGUGGCAUGUGCUCAGCAGCGGCUUCGCCACCGUCACCCACAUGUCAGCCAGGAUCUUCUUCGUCCUCUUCCACAUCUUGGUCGUCAUCGUCAUCAUCAAUAUCUUCGUGGCGUUCGUCCUCGAGGCGUUCUUCGUGGAGUACUCGGUGGAUAAGAGCGACCUGCAGACGUCUCUGGAGAGGAAGAUCGAGGAGCUGGAGCUGGCUGUGGAGAAGGAGAAGCUGGAGGACAACCUGGUGAACGCCAUGGAAACCAUUGACAACGACCUGGGAACCGGCCAAUCAGCAACAGCGGAUAAACCAACCCUGAUGUUUAAAAUCGCCUCGAAAAGGUAUCGGACGGUGGACGCCUUGUUGCAGCGGAUGUUCGAGGCCGAUCUCGACCCCGAGGACUUCGCUGAGCACGACGAUCCCGAAGCCCAGACCAACGGGAACUUUGCGAACCCGACGUUCAGCUCUGUAUAAACAUGAAGGGAACCAGAUUCUAUCAGUUAUACACAGUUUUACACUCAGUAUCAUCUCCUCGAUAUGUUUGGAUCUGAUGUUUAUUAAGUGCAAUGUGUCGAGUCAUAUCCAGUGUUAUAUUUUUAUAUUUCUGUCCCGUAGCUCUCUGUAGAGGCACAAAUGAAAUUAGUACUUUUCACAUAAGGAGUAUUUACACUGAUGUUUAAUCUGUGGGACGUUUUUUUGGUUUAUGUUUUCAUGUUUCAUUUCUCCCCGUUCUCUGAACACGAAGGGUUCCCGGUGAACCAGAGAACCCGGCGGAAAAUGAAACAUCGGGAAACAGUAAAACAUAAAAAAUUAAAACGAAUAAACUUUUCACUUUAAAUGA